CAUUUUCGUAAACAAACAAUUCUUUUAGAAAUUGUGCAAUAUUAAUACAUCAAACCAAACAAUGAAUAAGACAUAUGUCAGCAUAACUAAUGCAAGCGUAACUAAUACCAGCAUUACUAAUACACCAUAUUCAGCAUUACUCUUAUGCACCCUACCAAACGACCCCUAAUUUCUAAAAUCAAUUCUUCUGAAUUAAAUCGAAAAAGACGACUAGUUUAAUUUAAAACCAAAUAUAAAAUCAAAUUCAGAGGGUCCUCAGCCUUUGUUCAAAAUCAUGCAGGCACGUCUUGUUAAAAGCGAAUAUGACGUGAACGCAGAAAGCCAGCAAAUAUGGAAGGGAAAAGAAAAGAAAUCCUUCAUUUUCUAUCAACAUUUCCCUUUCUCUUCCAUAGAUGCCACCUUUUGUGUUAGAAUCAGACGAGGAACAGGCCAGACAACUAAAAAGCUGCUCCAGAUAUUAGCUAAUAGGAGUAAACAACCAUGGGGAAGCCCACAGGGAAAAAGAAAAGUCAUGUAAAAUCAAAAUCAAAUGCUGGAAAUGUGAAACAUAGUAAAGCUGCUUCAGAGCAUAAAUCCAAAGCAUUUGAUGAGGACACAGCUGUGUUUAUCAAGAUGUCUCAAGAACUGAAGGAAGAAGGAAACAAGCUCUUUCAGAAACGCGAUCACGAGGGCGCUAUGUUGAAGUAUGAGAAAGCCAUCAAAUUACUUCCUAGGAAUCAUAUUGAUGUUGCCUAUUUGCAUAGCAACAUGGCUACUUGCUAUAUGCAAAUGGGUAUUAGGGAGUUACCAAAAGCUAUAAAUGAAUGUAACUUAGCACUUGAAGUUGCACCAAAAUAUAGCAAAGCUUUGUUAAAGAGAGCAAAAUGUUAUGAAUCAUUGAAUAGGCUUGAUUUAGCUUUAAGAGAUGUGAACCAUGUUUUGAGUAUUGAACCUAAUAAUUUGACUGCAUUGGAGAUUGCAGAUAAGGUUAAAAAGGCAACAGAAGAAAACUUUUAUAAUGUUGAAGAUAAAAAAGUAGUAUUACCACCUCUACUAUCUGACAAUGUUGUAAAGAAAAAGAACAGUAAAUUUGACAGAAAGAAAGUUGUUGAGAUUAAGGAAGCUAAGGUUGAUGGGGUCGAAGAAGAGAAGACAGAGGACAAGGUGGUUGUGGAGGAGAAGAGAAGCGUUGAGGAAGAAAAACCAGCGACAAGAACAGUGAAGUUGGUUCUUGGGGAGGAUAUAAGAUGUGCACAAUUACCAGUUAGUUGCAGGUUUCAACUUGUGAGAGACAUAGUUCAAGAUCGAUUUCCAAACUUGAAGGGUGCACUUAUCAAGUAUAGGGAUCAAGAAGGUGACUUGGUUACGAUCACAAGCACCAAUGAGCUCAGGUUGGCCGAAUCAUCUGUUGAUACCCAGGGUUCUUUAAGACUCUACAUUACAGAAGUUAGUCCUGAUGAAGAACCUGUGUAUGAGGCAAUGAGGGUUGAAAAAGAUGUGAAUCCCAGUAUUUGCAAAUCAACUAUAGUCGCGAAGGAAAGGAGGAAACUGGAUAAAGGGCCAACAUGCCCCGAGAACUGGAUUGUCCAAUUUGCAACGCUAUUCAAGAAUCAUGUUGGAGUGGAUUGUGACUCAUAUCUGGAUCUUCACGAGACAGGAAUGAAGUUAUAUUCAGAAGCUAUGGAGGAUACUGUUACAAAUGCAGAAGCAGAAGAGCUUUUUGAAAUUGCUUCAGCUCAGUUCCAAGAGAUGGCAGCUUUGUCUUUGUUUAAUUGGGGAAAUGUGCAUAUGUCUAGAGCAAGAAAAGAAGUAUUUUUCACAGAAGAAGGUUCUGGGGAGUCUGUGUCUGAACAGGUUAAAUCUGCAUAUGAAUGGGCAGAAAAAGAAUAUGAAAUGGCAGAAAUGAGAUAUGAAGAAGCUCUUAGAGUCAAGCCAGAUUUCUACGAAAGCCUUCUUGCACUCGGUCAGCAGCAGUUUGAACAAGCAAAACUCUCUUGGUACUAUUUGAUUGGUAGUAAAGUAGAGUUAGAGACAGGGACAUGUGCAGAGAUCUUGGAGCUCUAUAACAAGGCUGAGGAUAGUAUAGAAAGAGGGAUCGAAAUGUGGGAAGAGAUGGAAGAACAGUGUCUAAAUGGACUCUCGAAACACGAUGAAUAUAAAGCUCAGUUGCAGAAAAGGGGUUUGGAAGGCAUACUUAAAGAUAAACCAGCUGAAGAAGCUAAAGAGCAAGCUGAAAACAUGAGGUCUCAGAUUUACCUGUUAUGGGGAACCAUUCUCUACGAACGUUCUGUCGUGGAAUUUAAGAUAGGAUUACCAACCUGGGAAGAAUGUCUAGAGGUUGCAGUUGAGAAGUUUGAACUAGCUGGAGCUUCUCAAACUGAUAUUGCAGUCAUGAUAAAGAACCACUGUUCCAACGAAACUGCUAUGGAAGGGUUCAAGGUUGAUGAGAUUGUACAGGCAUGGAGUGAAAUAUAUGAUACAAACAGGUGGCAAACUGGGGUGCCAGCUUUCAGGCUAGAGCCACUGUUCCGUCGUCGGGUUUCAAGUCUUCAUUCUAUACUGGAAAAUAUUUAAAUUGCAAAGCUUACGAUACACUAAAGCAGAGACAACUGGUAUUGUUAUUUGGUGAUAUUUCCAAGUCAUUAUAUUCUUUUUUGUGAAUUACUGUCUUCGUGAUUGUUAUUUAACUUUGGAGCAAAUUGCUGUUGCAUCACGAGUUUUGGCUUUGAAGACUGGUUCUUUCUAGGAUGUCAAGGCUGCUGUACAAUCAUUGGCUUUUAUGGUUUUGGUUAAUCUUGAAUAGAGGAUCCAAGCAAAGUAUCUCUUUGUGAUUUGCAUUAUUUGCAUUCAAUUUUUCACACAGCUAGUAAAGUAAAGCACUGGAUUUGUAAGUCUGUUGUAAAUAGAAAUAGCAUACUCAGUUUUCAUCUGCACUCAAUCCCAUAGAUUUUGUAUAAUGUAUUUGUUAGAAAUUGUCCUCUUUCAUAUCAUAUUCUAGUGUGUCUCUGUUGAAGAUUC